AAUUACUAUCAUCCCUCUUUUCCCCCUCUCCCUCAUUGCCAGUUAACUCCCAUCCAACACAAUGGGGAAAAGAAUUGUUCAUCAGAUCAAAAUAUUUGAAUGGUAAUGAUAAAUCUCUUCAACCUUCUCUUACAUACCCUCCAAUUUGCAAGAACAAGAGAUAUCCUUUCGCCUCCAUUGGAAAUUUCUCCACAAAACCAACCUAAUGGAAUCCAUGAUUCCUAUCCAACACCUUAGAAGAAGUUCGUUACCAAAAGAAAGAUUCUAACGAACAAUAAGAAAACACAUACACACAUCAAACUCGAAAAUGAGGUCGUCACGAGCCAGAAAGCAAACCUUAUCGGUCCUCCCCCAUCAGACCCCGAGGCUUCGAGAUCAUUACGUGUUGGGCAAGAAACUAGGGCAGGGCCAGUUUGGGAUCACUUAUCUAUGCACCCACAAGACUUCCAACACGCCCUACGCAUGCAAAUCGAUCUCCAAGAGGAAGCUCCUCUGCAAGGAAGACUACGAGGAUGUCUGGCGGGAGAUCCAGAUCAUGCACCACCUGUCGGAGCACCCACACGUGGUGAAGAUCAAGGACACGUACGAGGACUCCAUGUUUGUUCAUCUGGUCAUGGAGUUGUGUGCCGGUGGGGAGUUGUUUGACAGGAUCGUGGCCAAGGGACACUAUAGCGAGAAAGAGGCCGCCAAGUUGAUCAAGACGAUCGUUGGGGUUGUCGAGACCUGUCAUUCUCUGGGUGUGAUGCAUCGAGAUCUUAAGCCGGAGAAUUUCUUGUUUGAUAACCCUAGUGAUGAUGCCAAGCUCAAAUCCAUCGAUUUUGGACUCUCCAUUUUCUACAAGCCAGGGCAAAUUUUUAAUGAUGUGGUUGGAAGUCCUUACUAUGUUGCCCCAGAGGUUCUUCUGAAAUACUAUGGACCUGAAAUUGAUGUAUGGAGUGCUGGGGUUAUUCUUUACAUCUUACUAUGUGGAGUCCCACCUUUUUGGGCAGGUAACAUUGAAAUGUUGGCAGAAACGGAGUCAGGAAUUUUCAGGCAAAUUCUACAUGGGAAGAUAGAUUUUGUUUCAGAGCCAUGGCCAAGCAUCUCAGACAGUGCCAAAGGGCUCAUAAAAAAGAUGCUUGAGAAGGACCCAAGGAAGAGGAUUUCUGCCCAUGAAGUUUUGUGUGACCCGUGGAUUGUAGAUGAUCUCGCUCCAGACAGACCAUUGGAUUCGGCAGUUUUGUCUCGCUUAAAGCAAUUCUAUGCUAUGAACAAGCUUAAGAAGAUGGCCUUACGUGUGAUAGCAGAGAGAAUGUCGGAAGAAGAAAUUGGUGGGUUGAAGGAGCUAUUCAAAAUGAUAGAUACAGAUAGCAGCGGGACGAUCACAUUUGAGGAGCUCAAGAGCGGGUUACAGCGAGUUGGUUCGGAGCUGAUGGAGUCUGAAAUCAAGGCUCUAAUGGAAGCAGCUGAUAUAGACAACAGCGGGACAUUAGAUUAUGGUGAGUUUCUGGCAGCUACUCUGCACUUGAACAAGAUGGAAAGAGAGGAGAACUUGGCAGCAGCUUUCGCUUACUUUGACAAAGAUGGCAGCGGCUACAUCACCAUUGAUGAGCUUCAACAGGCGUGCAAGGAUUUUGGGCUGGGAGAGGAUCCUUUGGAAGAUAUGAUCAAAGAAAUCGAUAAAGACAAUGAUGGAAGAAUAGAUUAUGAAGAGUUCACUGCGAUGAUGAGGCAGAGCAGUGAUGGGUCAGUAGGAACAGGGAGGAGCAGGUCCAGAACCGCCAUGAGAAGCAGCCUAGGGCUCAAUUUGGCCGAUGCUUUUCGAGUCAAUGACUCUCCUUCACAAACUAAUUGACACAAAAUCUCAUCUUUUUUCCUUUGUUUUUUGGGUUUGCUUUUGUAAUUUUAAUUUUAAAUUCACGAAAGAGAAAAUCAAAUUUUUUGCCUUCUAGACAACUAUCUAUAUUCAUGUUAGUUGUCAUCGGCAUAUAGUGUGUAGAUUGUAACAUUUGAAAUUGUUUUGUUCCUAGCCAUAGAUGAUAUCAUAGUACUGUUGUAUAAAUGUAUUUAUCGAGAGAA